AUGACAGCGCAGAAGAAGCUGCUCGUAACUGCAGCCAAGAACGGCCUAGCCGUUCCAUGCGACGUGGAUGCCACAGCAUUCUUACUAGCGUACCCUCGUGGCGCGUAUACGGCUGCCCGCACCGUGCACCAGACCAGGAUUUUCGACUACGAGGCGCAUAUCCGCCGCUUGGUGGACUCGACGAUCGAGAUGCAGAAAGAAAAGCAAGUGCUGGUCCGUAGUCUCGUCGAGACCGAGUUGAGACCAAGAACUGAGGCGACAAUGAUUGCAGCCAUGGAGGCGUUCAAGAAUCUCUACAAAGUGGAAGAAGACCAGGAGUACAAAAUUAAUGUACUCGUGUGUCCUACUGAAGGCGACCAAGUAGAUGGAGAGGUUGUAGAUCAGACCGACAUCUUGUGCCAUAUAGGACUCUUGCCACCGCUACGUGAUGAGAUGGUGAAGCUAGAGGUAGCAGGUUUGCCCCGUCAUAAUGCUGCGGUCAAAGACUCUGCUUGGGUGAGAGAGCGGAAAGCGAUAUAUGAAAAGAUGGCACCGGAUAUGGAGGAGGUGAUCCUCAUGGACCCAACCACGGGACAUUUGCUUGAGGGAUCUCAGACGAACUUUUAUGCAAUCCUGGAUGGGACUCUAUUGACGGCUGAGACUGGGAUUUUGAAGGGCACAGUGAGGUCCCUCGUGCUAGAUGUUUGUGCGAAAAAUGGUAUCCCUGUGGAGCUUAGUCCCCCGACCUUAGACAGCGUGGAAAAGUGGCAGGGGUGCUUUAUCUCGAGCACGUCCAGGUUGGUUUUAGGUGCAAAAGUGUUGAAGUACGAACAACCUGACACCAAAGCUGCUUGCACGAGAGAGUUCGCGCCGCUACCCCAUUCUGGAUCAAAUCACGACUGCUGUUCGCAACUUGGUGAUCAAGAAAAGUACACAAGUGUUCAAGUGAAUUGA